AUGCUGUUUCUUCAACUUCUACUGCUGACUCUUCUCCUCCCAGGCAGCAACCAUGCGGACAUGGUCCAUGAUAUGGUCUCAUUCCAUAUCAUCCAGAUCUCAUCCUAUGCUAACCAAUCUUGGGUACAAAAUCAGGGCUCAGGUUGGUUGGAUGAGUUGCAGACUCAUGGCUGGGAGAGUGAAUCAGGAUCAAUAAUUUUUCUGCAUACCUGGUCCAAGGGCAACUUCACUGAUGAACAGUUGACAGACCUGGAGCUGCUAUUCCGUGUGUACUUCAUUGGAUUAACUCAGGAGAUUCGUAACUAUGCCAGCCAGUUUCAGUUUGAAUAUCCCUUUGAAAUGCAAGUGAAUGCUGGCUGUGAGUUGUACUCUAGAGAGAGCCCAAAGGACUUCGUCCAGGUAGCUUAUGAAGGAUCAGAUUUUAUGAGUUUCCAAAACACAUCGUGGGUGCCAUCUCCAGAGGGUGGGAGUCCGGCCCAGAAGGUCUGUGAUCUCCUCAAUCAAUAUGAAGGCAUCAAGGAAACAGUGCAGAGCCUUGUGAGAAAAACCUGUCCCCAAUUUCUCUUGGGUCUCCUGGAUGCAGGGAAGAUGUAUCUUCAGAGAAAAGUGAAGCCAGAGGCCUGGCUGUCGGGCCACUCCACCCUUAAGUCUGGCCGACUAUUGCUGGUUUGUCAUGUCUCUGGCUUCUACCCAAAGCCUGUUUGGGUGAUGUGGAUGAGGGAUGAGCAGGAGCAACUGGGCACGAAACAUGAAGAUCCUUUUCCCCAUGCUGAUGGGACUUGGUAUCUUCGGGCAAACCUGGAUGUAGCGGCUGAGGAUGCUGCUGGCUUGUCCUGUCGAGUGAGGCACAGCAGUCUAGGAGACCAGGAUAUCAUUCUCUAUUGGGGACGCCGUCUUUCUGCGAGCUUGAUCUCUUUGGCAGUGAUAGUGCCUUUGAUCCUUUUGAUAGUCCUCAUGUUAUUGUUUAAGAAGCGAUGCUCUUAUUGGAAUAUCCUAUGAGAUGCAUCAGCAUGCAUAAUGCAUAAUGAGAACCCAACAGCCCAGGAACUUAGAACAGCACAGUGAUACAUCCUCU